AAAAUAGGCAUUACCAUUUCACAACAAAAAUGGCGUCCUCCAAGAAAAAACGUGUUGAUGAAGAAGUAAUGGAUGAUGAAGAGAUUAAUGAGGAAGAUGAAGAAGUUAACGAUGAGGAAAAUGACUCAGAAAGUGAAGAAGAACCUAUGGAUCAGGAAGUACAGUUAGAUUUUGAAGCAAGGAUACCAGAUGACAGUGACUUCAAUGGAAUACGUACUCUGCUUCAGCAGGUAUUUUUGAAGGCCAAUGUCAACCUGUCAGAGCUUACAGACACUAUUAUAUCACAGAACUACAUAGGCAGUGUUAUGAAGCAACCAUAUAACCCCGAGGUUGAUGAUGCUGAUGACGAUGAUGAUGAUACUGAUGAUUCAGUGCUGGCACUCACAACAGUUGUAAAUAUUACAGAAAGAAAGAAUUUAGACUGUAUGAAGCAGUUGAAAACAAUGCUUCAAGAGAAAUGCAAACAGUGUGCAGCAGCCCAGUCUGAUAAAUUCAACAAGCUUCUGAGUGAUCCAGAUUGCCAUGUAGGGUACCUGAUCAAUGAGCGCUUUUUGAACCUACCUCCCAGCAUGGCAGUACCAAUGUUUGAGUCACUUAUUAAGGAAAUGGAGAAAGCAAAACAGAAGAAGAUGAAGUAUGAGUUCAGUCACUACCUGAUGGUGUGUAAGACGUUUGAGAUGAAGGCUGCACACAAUGUGAGACAGAUGAUCUAUUCUAACUCCGAGGAGGAGUUGUUUCAAGAGGCUAGUGAUAUAUGUUUCCGUUAUUCGGUGGCACACGAGAGGGACACUGGUGUGGAGAAAUGGAGUUCCGAGGAUGACAUGGAACCAUUUAGGACUGUGAUUGUACUUCCUGCUGAUAAAUUGUCCUCUGUGCUUGAAAAGUUGAAACAGGAAGUGUCAAAAACAUAAUAAAUUUUGAAGUCA